AUGGCUGGGGGAAGGAGAGGGCUGGUGGCUCCCCAGAACACCUUCCUGGAGAAUAUUGUGCGGAGAUCCAACGAUACAAAUUUUGUCCUGGGUAAUGCCCAGAUAGUGGAUUGGCCUAUUGUAUACAGCAACGAUGGAUUCUGCAAGCUCUCAGGAUACCACCGAGCAGAAGUUAUGCAAAAGAGCAGCACCUGCAGUUUCAUGUAUGGAGAACUGACAGAUAAAGACACAAUUGAUAAAGUUCGGCAAACAUUUGAGAACUAUGAGGUGAACUCCUUUGAAAUCUUGAUGUACAAGAAAAAUAGGACUCCUGUUUGGUUCUUUGUGAAAAUUGCUCCAAUUCGAAAUGAACAGGACAAAGUUGUUUUGUUUCUUUGCACUUUCAGUGACAUCACAGCUUUCAAACAGCCUAUCGAGGAUGACUCAUGCAAAGGCUGGGGAAAGUUUGCUCGUUUGACACGUGCACUGACAAGCAGCCGGGGAGUCCUGCAGCAGCUUGCUCCCAGUGUGCAGAAAGGAGAGAACGUUCACAAGCAUUCCCGUCUAGCAGAGGUCUUGCAGUUGGGCUCUGAAAUCCUCCCGCAAUACAAGCAAGAAGCACCAAAGACCCCACCACAUAUCAUUUUACAUUAUUGUGUUUUCAAGACUACUUGGGACUGGGUGAUUCUGAUUUUAACCUUCUACACUGCAAUUUUAGUCCCUUACAACGUCUCAUUUAAAACCAAACAGAACAAUGUGGCCUGGCUGGUAGUGGAUAGCAUCGUAGAUGUCAUUUUUCUGGUAGACAUUGUGCUUAAUUUCCAUACCACAUUUGUUGGGCCUGCUGGAGAGGUGAUCUCUGAUCCAAAGCUGAUCCGUAUGAAUUACUUGAAGACAUGGUUUGUCAUUGACCUUCUCUCCUGUUUGCCAUAUGAUGUGAUCAAUGCAUUUGAGAAUGUUGAUGAGAACAUAUUUUCUUCUCUAUUUUCAAUACUUUAAGUUAUCUAA